AUGUCGUCGCGCCGGUCUGAUCUCGGAAACUUCAUGCCUUCCAAGAACCCUCUAGUUUGGCUUAUUACUGGCACAUCUUCAGGCUUCGGUCGAUCCCUCGUACGUUCCGUACUAGCCAGGGGCGAUCGAGUAAUCGCGUCCGCACGAUCCAUCGAUAAGUUGAAGGAAGACUUGGAUGCCGGCGAUCUUGCUGGCCACGGUCCUGACGCUCUGCGCCUCCUGAAGCUCGACGUAACCUCGGGGCAGCAAGAAAUCAGGCAAGCAAUCGCACAAGCAGCGUCCAUAUGGGGUCGCAUAGACGUGCUGGUGAAUAACGCUGGUAUCGGGUUGCCUGGUCUGCUUGAAGAAGGAGGGUCGGAUUUGUUGCGCCGACAGUUUGAAACGAACGUGUUUGGAUUAAUGGACGUCACCACAGCGACCCUGCCAUACAUGCGCGCCCAGAAGUCUGGUACUAUCGUCAACAUUGGGAGUCGAACGACUUGGAAGACUGAAUUCGUGGGGAUAGGAUUUUAUGGAUCCUCUAAGGCUGCUGUCCACGCCGUCUCGGAAACGCUCGCGCUCGAGGUUGCGCCCUUCAAUAUCCGUGUUCUUCUAGUUGCGCCGGGUUCAUUCCGUACUGGAAUCUACUCCCAGCCCUACUUCACUUCCAAUCCUCUCGAGGACUACGAUUCACUACGUGCUGAGUCGCAAAAACGAUUUGCUUCUGUCCCUGGUACGGAGAAAGGCGACCCGGACAAGGCCAUGGAAGCGCUAGUGGAUACCGUACGAAGCGAGGGCGUAGCCAGGGAAAAUGGGAGAGAUGGGGAGUGGCCAGGCUUGUUAAUACUAGGACCGGACGCGGAGCAAGAUGUGAGGGUGAAGACUUCAAAGGUAAUUGAGGUGCUAGACAAGUGGGGAGACGUAGCUAGGAACGUUGUCUUUUCAUAG